ACAAAAGGAAAAUUCGUUCACAAACACUAUCCAAUUCCAAAGCCAAAGAUAAGCACAGAUACUCGUAGAAACAAAAUCAAUACAGAUAUACAUCAAUUCAUACUGUGCACCAUAUUCCCCAAAAAUGGAAGCUUUGGGAUUUCAUCCCCUUCUCAGCAUCUCUCAGAGGCCAAAGAUAUUGAAGAAUGUUUCGGGCUCGACCCGGUUGUCCAAUUCUUCAUGCCCAUCUUUUUAUACGCACAAAAUUAAGCAAAACUGUAGGAGUGACAUAAGAAUGCAAGCUGUUAAAGAAGAGUACGAGUUGAAGCAAAUGAAAGAUAUGACUGCUGCUAGAAAGAGAUGGGAGGCUCUAGUCAGGGACGGGAAAGUUAAAGUUCUAACACCUAGAGAAGCUGGAUAUGCGAUCCAACUCUCAAGUAAAACCUUACUUGAUGUUCGCCCCACUACUGAGCGUCAAAAGGCAUGGGUCAAAGGCUCUACCUGGAUCCCGAUAUUUGAUGUUGAUAACAGUUUUGAUGCUGGGACCCUUUCAAGGAAGGUCACAGAAUUCAUGAUGGGAGGAUGGUGGAGUGGUGUCCCUACAUUGUCCUAUGAUAAGCAAUUCUUAACAAAAGUUCUAGAGAAAUUCCCAAAAGACACAGAUCUAAUUGUGGCAUGCCAGAAAGGCUUGAGAUCCCUUGCAGCUUGUGAGCUAUUAUACAAUGCUGGUUAUGAAAACCUUUUCUGGGUUCAAGGGGGUCUGGAGGCUGCUGAAGAAGAGGAUCUUGAAAGGGAAGGUCCUCAGCCCUUUAAGUUUGCAGGAAUUGGUGGGCUUUCAGAAUAUCUCGGUUGGACGGACCAACAGAGAGCUGCAGCUGCCAAGGAAGGCUGGGGCUACAGAUUAGUUUAUUCAGCCCGUCUGGUUGGACUCUUUCUUGCAGCUGAUGCCUUGUUUAUUGGGGCGCAGCAAGUGGGUCGGUAUCUUCAGGAUUUAAGGUCUCACUAAAGGGCUAUCGAAGCAGAUGUAAUGACUACCCAAAGCAACCAAGGGAUCUAGAUUUUCACCAAGAUGACUUAAUUGGGACCAGAUGCAUACAUGCAUCCUAAUUUUGGAGCUAAUUUCACAGUGCUGCCACUGUGAUCUUUGUUUUGUGUCGAUCUGCUUUUUCAGCAUUGUAGUUUCUCCUGGUUCCUGUAACUCCGAUAGCGAGAUGCUUUCAUUUCAUUAUGAUGUUAAGUAGUCAUGCAGUAAAAGCCUCAGUUUUGGCAAACCAGUAUUCCUUGUAAAAGUUGGCGAAUUGUUGAUUUUUCAAGAUUUAGAUUUUUUUGAUCAGUAACAGUUCUGUUCUGUAAUUCUUGCAAGCUGCAGCCUAUCCUAUUUCUUGAUUCCACCAUAUUUCUCUA